GCUAGAUCUCGAAAUACUCAUACAUAGUAAAAUCUUGACACUACUCUCUCUCUAUCUUUAGUCUUUUAUAAUAAUGAUACAAAUGGAGGCCAUAGAUGAUCAUGACAGUCAGACGCUUCUCUCGGUGGCAACUCCAGCUGCGUUUGAGAUGGGCAGCCUUCCGACAAUCGUGAUAACGGCGGAUCCUUCUGGAAACGAUUUAACGGCGCCACCAAAGCCGGUGAUAAUCAUUUCCCCAACAGUCGCCGGAAAUUAUCCCGUCGUUUUAUUCUUUCAUGGCUUUUAUCUCCACAACUACUUCUACUCUGACCUUCUUAACCACGUCGCUUCUCAUGGCUACAUUCUUGUUGCCCCACAGUUAUGCAAAUUAAUGCCGCCGGGAGGGCAAGUGGAAGUGGACGAUGCUGGAAGUGUUAUAAACUGGACAACAGAGAACCUCAAAGCUCACCUCCCAAGUUCAGUAAACGCUCAUGGCGAAUACACCGCACUCGUGGGACACAGCCGUGGCGGGAAAACCGCGUUUGCUGUUGCGUUAGGCCACGCCGCAACAUUAGCCCCGUCCUUUAAAUUUUCAGCUUUAAUAGGAAUUGAUCCAGUAGCAGGAGCCAACAAAUGCAUGAGAACAGAUCCGCAUAUCUUAACCUAUGAACCGGACUCGUUCGAGCUGGACAUACCGAUUGCAGUGGUGGGAACGGGACUCGGACCGAAGAGGAACAACGUGAUGCCGCCAUGCGCACCAGCGGACUUGAACCAUGAGGAGUUUUACAAAGAGUGUAAGGCGACGAAAUCUCACUUCGUGGCUGCGGAUUUCGGACAUAUGGAUAUGUUGGACGAUGAUUUGCCCGGUUUUGUCGGGUUUAUGGCCGGUUGUAUGUGUAAGAAUGGGAAAGGAAAAAAGAGUGAGAUGAGGAAAUUUGUGGGUGGCAUUGUGGUUGCGUUUCUCAAGUAUAGCUUAUGGGGUGAAAAAUCGGAGAUUCGACGGAUUGUGAAGGAUCCUUUGGUUUCUCCGGUGAGACUUGAUCCUGCACCGGAGUUGGAAGAAGCUUCUGGUUAACUCGUCAAGAAUUGUGGUUUUAUGCAGUAGAUGUAAUCGGCUUGUGCACGUUAUUUCUCUAUCUAAAAUAAAUGCUAAUGAUAUAACUGUGGAAAUAUCUAAAUCAUAUGAGUCUCGAGAUAAGAUUUUCAAAAUGAGAGGUGAGAUAGAUUAUAAGAAAAAUCUAAAAGAACAGUGAACUAUAGUUUUGAA